AUGAAUAAUUAUUUACAAUCAAUUGAUAAAAGGGAAGAGUGGAAAAAUUUUUAUAAAUAUUCGAAUCCGAAACAUCCAGAAGAUGAAGUGAAAAACGUCUUAAUUGAUCGAAUCGAUGUAAUUUGUCCGGGAUUUGAAUAUCUUGUAGAUUUUGAUUGGGAAGUUGAAAGAGGUUAUUCGAAUAAAGGAAAAGGUGAUCUGAUUUUUGGAUCCGAUUGCGGGGUUUAUUUGAUAGUUGAAACCAAAUCUCUUCACCCAGGAAGUGGCAGGACUGCUCAAGUUUCUAGACAUAAUUCUAGGCAUAAGGUUAAAGAGCAAGCUAAUAGAUAUAGAGAAAUUGCUAUUAGAAGAUUUGGUAUAAAUGCUAAAGUAAUUGGAGCUACAUUUACCAAUGAAGAUUAUCAAAUUCAUUUCCUUGAUGAUUAUGAUGAACAAAUCGCUAAACAUAAUCCCGAAACUCAAUUCUUGUUUUUAUGGACCGUAUGGUUUCAUUAUUAA